CUGGCCUGCAGCUGACAAGCUCGUAUUCCCAGCUGCACAAAAGAGGUUAAAGGGACAGGACCCUGAGGUCAUCCUGAAUCAUGCUGUUCAGCUAUCCCUGCAGCUUUCCCAGAGCUGCAUAGCUGCCAGGGACAGCUUGCGGACUGUCGCUACCCUUCAGGAUAAGGUGGCUCGUCUGCAAAAGGACAAUAUGAGCCACCAAGCUAAGCUGGAGAGGGAGAAACGGUCUCGGCUGGAUGCUGAGAGCAAGCUAGCUGCUGAGCAAAAAUUAAUGGAGAAAGAGAGGCAAGAAAAAGAUGAAAAGAGAGCUGAGGCGGAGAAAGAAAAUGCGCGCCUGAACACAGUUGUCAGAGAUGCUGAAGAAAGGGUUUUAGAUGUUCAGGCUGAGGCAAAAAUUAUUGAAACUGCGAAGCUGGCAUACCUGAUAAAAUUCAAGAAGCUGGACGACAAGGGUAUCAACUUUUACAUCGACAGGUUCCUCAAGCUGGACUCGAUGGCUGCCUUGGAGGCCCUAGCUACUGGUGGGAAGGCAGAUGACUCAGAACAAUCUACAGCUGGAUCUCCUCUACUGCUUAACCAGCCAGAGGGUGCCGCUCCAGCUAGCAAAGACGAAAUUGUUGGUGAUGAUGCCAGCGUAGCUUCCUAGUUUCUUUAGUACUUUAUCAGCUUUCUUUCUGGAACAUUUUAGUUUUAAUUAGCUUUGAUACUUUUACCAUUGCCUACGGGGGCAAUGCGUUUUUGUAAGAACAUAUUUCCUUUCAGUAAUUUAAUCGUUUGAACU